AUGUCCAGAUUGGACAGACUUGUGGUGCUCUUGGAGACCGGGUCUACGCCGUUUAUCAGGAAUACCGCAGCUGACCAACUCUCUGAGCUAGCCAAGGGACACCCGGAGGAUAUCAUCAGCUUAUUGGGCCGUGUAUACCCGUUUUUAAAGACCGACAAAUGGGAAACCAGAAUUGCCGCAGCCAAGGCCUUUGGAGGCAUUGCCUCACAUGCGCCAUUGUGGGACCCGAACUCAGACGAGGCAAUCGAAAAGGAGAAGCAGCUCCAGGAAAUUGAGGAAGCCAACACCGUGAAAGAAGACGAGCCAGCCAUCAAACUCGAGCAGGACGAAGAGCUCAGAAAACUAGACGAGAAUUUGCUGUCUCUUGUGACUUUUGACUCAUGGAACUUGUACGAGCUUUUAAAGAGCCACAAGAAGCUUCUCGCAUCCGGAGGGGCCGAGUUUGACUCUGUCAAGAAAGGUCCCAGCUCAAGUGCAUUACUCAACCGCAUCAAAAAGCCCAAGAACUUAGUUAAGGCUGAAGACUUUUCCGAUGGCUCCCCAGAGGGAGAUACUAUUGUCAAAAAGGAAGAAGAGCCCUCCAUGUCGCCGUCGCCAGAGGUUUCUGCCAAGUCUGCAGCCUCCAACGCAAGAUUGAAGGCCAUGCAACGACGUAGAGCAAAGGUCAACUCCAAAUCGACAGCCAACAAGAUUGUUCCGGUCGAUUUAUCGCAGUCUUCCAUCUCUAGAAAAUUGGUUGAGAACGGUGAAGUUGAUUCCUCUAAACAGAAAGACUCACCUCAGUUUGAUUUAACUUCUCAGCAAGGCGGCUCCAAAUUGGUCAUGGAGACAAAGGCUCCCGAGCUCUCACCAUUAAUUUCACAACAUGCAAAAGUUGCAGGUCUCGUGUGGCAGUUUCAAGGCGUAUACGAAUUGCUUCUCAACGAUUUGUUCGAUGAAAGGUGGGAGGUCAGACAUGGUUCUGCUUUGGGUUUGAGAGAGCUCAUCAAAAUCCAUGGAAAGGGCGCGGGACGAGUCAUGAAUAAACCCAAGAGUGAAAAUGAUGCAAACAAUGCUGCCACCUUGGAAGAUUUGGCAGUCAGACUUUGCACUUUGUUUGCUUUGGAUAGAUUUGCUGACUACGUCAACGAUACGGUGGUUGCACCUGUCAGAGAGUCGGGGGCACAAACCCUUGCUGCAUUAUUGAUUCAUCUCGAUAUCGACACCAUCAUUAAGACAUUUGAUUGCUUAAAGAGUUUGGUUCUUCAAGACCAGAACAAAGAGCUUGACUUGCCUCGUUGCUGGGAAGCAAAGCACGGAGGAAUGCUCGGAAUCCGUUACUUCGUCAGUGUCCGUACUGAUGUUCUCCUUCUGCAUUCAGAGCUUUUGGAUUCCGUGGUUUACAUGGUGCUACAUUGUUUGAAAGAAAGUGAAGAUGAUGUGCAAUCCGUGGCUGCCUUGACUUUGGCACCUAUUGCCAAUGAAUUCGUCAAAACAAAAAGAGAAACAAUUCGCUCUCUUUUGGAAGUGGUUUGGGAUUGUCUAUCCAACUUCGAGGACGAUUUGUCUGCAUCGAUUGGUUCUGUCAUGGAUCUCCUUUCGAAGUUAUGUACUCACAAGGAAGUUAUUGAAAUCAUGCAGUCGGAGGCGACCCAAAAUACCUCCAAUUCGUUUGAGACGCUUGUCCCUAAGCUAUUCCCGUUCUUGAGACACUCAAUCACCAAUGUGAGAAAGGCGACUUUGAAUACCAUCAUGGAAUUCUUAUCUAUCGAUGACCAAUCUACCAAGCUCUGGAUCACAUCCAAAACAUUACGUUUGAUAUUCCAAAAUUUGCUUGUGGAACAAAACCCAGAGGUUUUGGAUAUCUCGCAAACUUUGUUCGAAAAGCUUCUAAAAGAGAUCGAAGAGAAUCCAAACUUGGAGUCGGUAGAGUAUUAUUUUGCUUCACAGUUGGGUUCCUUGCUUACUUUGUUAAUGACUCCUAUUGGAAUUGCUCGUCAUAAUUAUAAGAUGAAUACCAGCUUGAUCAUGAAACCGUCAGCAUCUAAUUUUGACUCUCAUCCAGGAAGGCAUGACCAUUCGGUGGAACCAGAAGCUUUUAGUGAACCCACAACUAAUGGUGAUACAGCAACCAAGCGCGGACGGAAAAGAAAGACAGAGGUGGUUUCUGCUAUUCCUUCUAACGACGAGCUCAAGAUUAAUAUUGAUGCCCCUAUUCAUAAUGGUGACGUUAUGUUUGUCGGUUUUGAUGUUUUUGUUGCCACAAGAACUGCAGCCUCUAGAGCAUUUGGUAAGGCAAUUGCUCAGAUUGGCGCUGGCCCUGCCUUGUCCCCAAUAUUUGAUAGCCUCAGAGUCUACAUGGACUCACCUCAUUCCACCCCAAGAUUAUUCUGUGCUAUCGUCUUGGAAGAAUACGCUAAAGCGUCCCAAGCAAGCUCAAAAGAGAUUCCAGCAGAAGUGGUUGAUAAAUUCACCACGGUGAUGCUUGAUGUUCUUGGAAGCCCCGAGUCACUUCCCUUCUUCAGAGAGUUAGUCCCCACACUCAAGGGAACCAGAACGGCAUGCUUGCAACUUUUCGAGGUCUUCCUCACUAAAGCCCAGAUUUCGCCCAACAAAAUUCCUCAGCUUCCUGUUAUUGUGCAAGGAGAGGCUGAAUCUGGUCCCGGAGCUUUUGGUAUCGAGAGCGCAGAUAAACUCGUCAAUGAAUCUUACUCAAAGUUGGUCAAGACAUUGUCUCCAACUUAUCGUAUUUCAGCUAACCAGGCCCUUGAGGAUUCUAAACACAGAAUCGUUCUUGCUCUUGAUGAAGCCAAGCUCGCAAGCUCUCAAAGAACAACAAGCAUCUUGGCAGCUUAUGCCGCUUCAUUGUUGGCACUUAUUGGAGUUCCUAAGAAGCUCAAUCCAAUUAUUCGUUCUUUGAUGGACAGCAUUAAGAGUGAAGAGGUUGUAUUGUUACAGAAACGGUCCGCUGUCGCCAUUGCUUAUCUAAUUGACGAACUCAGCAAGGUUGGCAAGAAAGGUGCCUCAGAUAAAAUUGUUAAGAAUUUGUGUGCUUUCAUUUGUGUGGAUACAUCUGAAGUCCCCGAAUUUAUUCACCAUGCCAAGGUUCAGGAUGCAAUUCUCUCGUUGAAGAAAGAAGAAGCAAAGACGGACCCAGCAGACAUCGCGGCUCAUGAAAAAGCAGUUCACGAGGCUAAGAUCAAGCGUCACGGUGCUUUGCUUGCCAUGGACGAGAUCAUUGCGACAUAUGGGGACAAAUUUUUUGACGAGCUUCCGAAGUUAAAUGAGAUUCUCUUCAGCCCGCUUAAAUACUUAGAAGAAGCGGGCUCAGAUGUUGUUAUUGACGAUGCACAAAAAGGUCAGAGCAUUAUUGAUGCACUUGGUGUAUUAAGGGCUAUUUUGCCAAAGUUGAGUGCUUCUCUUCGGAGCCAAAUCGCAGACUACUUGCCCCAACUUCUAUUUGGCCUCAAGAACAAGCUCUCUGUCUUCAGAUACUCAGCAGCAAAAUGUUUUGCCACUAUCUCAUCAGUGUUACCAUCUACUGCAUUCCCAUUUUUAGUCAAGAACAUUCUUCCUAUGCUCAAUAAUGCAUUGGAGUUCAGAGAAAGACAAGGUGCAAUAGAAGCUGUCUACCACGUUUCUAGCACAAUGGGUCCAGAUAUUUUGCCAUAUAUUGUUUUCCUUAUUGUGCCUGUUCUUGGUAGAAUGAGCGAUGCCGAUCAAGAUGUCAGAAUUUUAGCAAGUACAACCUUUGCUUCUAUUAUUAAGUUGGUACCUUUAGAAGCCGGUAUCCCAGAUCCACCAGACAUGCCAGAAGACCUUUUGGAAGGCAGAGAUCGUGAGCGUGAUUUUAUUCAACAAAUGAUGGAUCCAACCAAAAUUAAACCCUUUGAGUUGCCUGUUUCCAUCAAGGCAACUUUGAGAAAGUAUCAACAGGAAGGUGUCAACUGGCUUGCAUUUUUGAAUAAGUACCACUUACAUGGGAUUCUUUGCGACGAUAUGGGAUUAGGUAAGACUUUACAGACGAUUUGCAUUGUUGCCUCUGAUCACCAUAUAAGGUCUGAGCGCUUUGCAGAAACUAACUCUGACGAGUUUAGAAAGUUACCUUCUCUCAUCAUUUGUCCUCCAUCUUUGACUGGUCAUUGGGAACAAGAACUCAACCAGUAUUCUCCCUUCUUGAAGGUGGUCGUUUAUGCUGGUGGUCCGUCAGUGCGUGCUGGUAUCCGUCCUCAAAUUCCAGGUGCCGAUGUUGUGGUCACCUCGUAUGAUGUUUGCAGAAAUGAUGUUGACAACUUAACAGAGCAAGCUUAUAAUUACUGUGUUCUUGAUGAAGGACAUAUCAUCAAGAAUUCUGCUUCGAAGCUUACAAAAUCUGUGAAAAGAGUUAACGCAGAGCACCGUCUUAUCUUGUCUGGUACUCCAAUCCAGAACAAUGUUUUGGAAUUGUGGUCCCUUUUCGACUUUUUAAUGCCUGGUUUCUUGGGAACUGAAAAGGUUUUCAUGGAAAAGUUCGCAAAGCCAAUUGCAGCCAGUAGGAACAGCAAAACUUCUUCUAAGGAACAAGAAGCUGGUGCAUUAGCAUUGGAAUCUCUUCAUAGACAAGUUCUUCCUUUUAUGCUUCGUCGUUUGAAGGAAGAUGUGUUAUCUGACUUGCCACCUAAAAUUAUUCAGGAUUACUACUGUGAGUUAUCUGACUUGCAAAAGAAACUCUACAAAGAUUUUACCACUACUCAAAAAGCUAAAGUUAAGGAUGAGCUUGAAAAGGAUGAUCCAAUGGACACAGUUGAAGAAAGUCCCAAGACCCAUAUUUUCCAGGCAUUGCAAUAUAUGAGAAAGCUUUGCAACCAUCCUGCUUUGGUGCUCACACCGGAUCAUCCGAAGGCAAAAGAGGUAGCCGAGUAUUUGGCAAGCAAGAAGUCUGACCUUCGCAGCAUCGAACAUUCUCCUAAGUUGAAGUCGUUGAAGACGCUUUUGCUCGAGUGUGGAAUUGGUGUUGGUGACAGUGAAUACUCAUCAGCAAAGUACAAAGCAAAACAGAAGCAGCAACAGCAACAGCUUGUAACAUCUGAAGGAGUCAUUUCAGAACACAGAGCUCUUAUCUUCUGUCAAUUGAAAGAUAUGCUAGACAUUGUGGAGGAUGAGCUCUUCAAGAAACAAAUGCCAUCCGUUACUUACAUGAGAUUGGAUGGACGAACUGAUCCUCGAAACAGACAAGCUAUUGUGCGAAAGUUCAAUGAAGACCCAUCUAUUGAUGUUCUCUUGUUGACCACUAAAGUUGGAGGAUUAGGACUUAACUUGACGGGAGCCGAUACUGUUAUCUUUGUGGAGCAUGAUUGGAAUCCAAUGAAUGAUUUACAAGCCAUGGACAGAGCACACAGACUUGGUCAAAAGAAGGUUGUUAAUGUCUACAGAUUGAUCACCAAGGCUACAUUGGAGGAGAAGAUUAUGGGCUUGCAGAAGUUCAAGAUGAACAUUGCAUCCACGAUUGUUAACCAACAGAACGCUGGACUCUCGACCAUGGACACGAACCAAUUGCUCGAUUUGUUCGAUGUCGAUGAAGCAGCAUCGAAGAUCGAGAACGGAGGAGCAGAGGAGAAGAAGGACAAAAACGUGCAAGAUGACCUCACUGGAGGACUCAUACCAACAGAUGCCGUUGGCGAAUUGGGUCAACUAUGGGACGAAUCGCAAUACGAAGAUGAAUAUAACCUUGACAACUUCAUCAAGACUCUUAAGUGA